AUGAGAGUUAUAGUCAUAUGUGUAAUUUUGAUGGCUGUGUUUUCGAUUGUCUUAAUUGCCAAGCAACCUAUUUCUUUAGGGCUAGUGCUAUUGAGGGGGUCUAUAAUUGCAUGUGUGGAGGUUGCACUGGAGGUUAGAAGGUUGUUAGGGUUCUUAUUGUUCCUAACUUACGUUAGGGGUGUAAUAGUCCUGUUCUUGUAUGUUUUAAGGAUCUACCCCAAUGAAGUGUAUCGUUUUAAUCUAGAGUUUAUGGUUCUCGUCAGAAGGUGUUGUGCCAGAGCGGUCCUUAUGGGUCUUAUGAAUUACGAGUACAGAGAAAUUAGCGGGUCUUUGUUUCUAAGUUUCAUGGCUGAAAGAAGCGGGUUAAGGUUAUAUAUCCUAAUAGCUGGUGUGUUACUGUUUGUAAUAUUAGUGGUGUCGUAUUUGUGCAUAAAAACCAUGGUGCCUUUACGAAGAGUAAAAUAA